AUGGCACUGGCUGCUGCAUUGAGCGGCUCUCAAUUGUCACAAAUCGCCCUGCGGAGGAGUCCAGCUGUACUUUCCGUGUCGGUACAAUCAUGGCCAUUCUCUAACAUCCUCUCCGCAUCCGUCGCAAUACCCUCAAUCGCGACAAGCAUCCCUGGCUUCCUCUCAGACAUCUGGGAGGGGAUCUUGAGGGCAGUGCCAAAGAAGAAGACGUCGCAUAUGAAAAAGAGACAUCGACAACUCGCGGGAAAGGCUUUGAAGGAUUCGAAACAAUAUCUUGCUCUCCAUUCGAUCGAUGAAGCCCAUACCACAGAUAUCUUUGCCCUCGCUGUAACUCAAACGCAAAUCCUUACAGGUUCGGGCGAGAACUCGAUCAAAAUCUAUUCUGCCACCGAGGAAGGCUUUCCCAUUGCUCAGAUUCUCUCAGACGCCCAUAAAGUCGGGUGUCACCAUAUCAGCACAGACCGCAGCACCGGCACGAGAGCUGUCAGUGUUGGCUUUGGAGGUGAGGUCAGAAUAUGGAAAUACGAGGAGGGCAAGUGGCAGGACGAUGGAGCAUUCGACGUCGGGUCAAAGAAGAAAACAGGAGAGAUUUGGGCGGUGUCUUUGUCAUCUGACGGAAAGUUUGUCGCUGGCACAACCCACGAUGGGCGAGUGAAUGUAUGGGAUCUAGCAAGUCGGGAAAAGAUCCGAGAAUUCGAGACUAAGGGGAGUUUUGGGAUGUCUGUGGACGUGUCGCCCGAUGGCCGAUUCAUUGCCAGUGGCCACGAGUCCGGAGCGAUCUACCUGUUCUCUACGGCUACGUCUCGCCUACUGCACUCACUCCCCGGACUCAUCAAACCCGUCCGCGCCGUCAAGUUCUCUCCUGGAUCUACUCUUCUUGCAGCAGCUGGCGACGCACGAAUAAUCUCCCUUUACGAUUCCACUUCAGGCGAGCAAAUUGCCAACCUCAGUGGCCAUGCAGCUUGGAUCACAGAUCUUGAUUGGAAUCACAGCGGCCAGUAUGUCUUGAGCGGGAGUCUGGAUGGCAAGGUCAAGGUGUGGGAUAUCGAGCGAAGAACUUGUGUUGCGACACAUGGCGAGAGUGAAAAGGGUCUGUGGUGUGUCAAGUGGCAACCUAAGGGUGAGACCAGUGUUCAGCGACAGAAGGCUGAGAGGUUUGUUACUGUGGGGAGCAACAAGGCCGUUGCUAUCUACCGGGAAGCUACCGGUGGAUGA